AAUCAGCUAUUGGUCAGUUUGUACAGCGCCCAGCAGCUCUGUGGCUGGUGACGUCACGCUCUCGGGCUGCCACGUUGUGGAGAGGUUCGGUGGGGAUCGGCGAUUUCCGGAAAGGGGCUCGGCGAUGGGGGCGGCUGCUACUGCUGCUGCUGCGGAGAGCCGGUAACUGCUUCUUGAGCUGUCAGCAUCAGCCGCCGCCUACAGCAGUCAGCACUCAGCAGCAGUCCCGGGAGGAGAGCGGAGCAGCAGCAAUCAUGCUGACCGACAGCAACGUGGAGGAGUUUGAGAUCAAGGAGGAUGAGCCGUGGUAUGACCACCAGGACCUGCAGCAAGAUCUGCAGCUUGCUGCUGAGCUGGGCAAGACCUUGCUGGACCGUAACACUGAACUGGAAGAGUCAUUGCAGCAGAUGUAUAGCACCAACCAGGAGCAGAUCCAGGAAAUUGAAUACCUCACAAAGCAGGUGGAUCUAUUAAGGCGAAUGAACGAGCAACAUGCCAAGGUUUACGAACAGCUGGAUGUCACAGCUAGAGAACUAGAGGAUGCCAAUCAGAAAUUAGUUCUGGAGAGCCGGACAUCACAACAGAAGAUCACUGGUUUGACAGAGACUAUUGAAGGGCUGCAGGGUCACAUUGAGGACCUUCAGAGACAAGUGGAUGACCUGAAGAAGCCGGGACGUGCUUGUCGCAGUCGUGAGAGGUUUGAGCAAUCUAGGUCAACCCACAGCUUCUCCUGUCUGAAGGAGCUGUAUGAUCUCCGCAAGUAUUUUGUUUAUGAUCAUGUCUUUGCGGAGAAGAUCACAUCCUUACAUGUGCAACCUGGUCCCAUAGAGGAGGAAAACGAGAACCUCAGAAAGACCUUGGCUCUUUUGGAAACGCAGUUCAGCCUAGAACGCAAAAAAAGAGAGAACUUGGAAGAGGAGUACAAUCUAGUGCUAAGGGAAAAUGCAGAACUGGAGCAGAUCCUUAGCGACAGAGACUCCUGUCAUGCCCGUGCUGAAGAGCUGGAGGCAGAGGUGGCUGAAAUGCGUCAGAUAUGUCGGACAGACAGCGUAUUUGCAAGCAGUGUUGAAAAGCUGAUACCAGAGUCCAUAUUUAUCUCCUUCAAAGAAAUUGCAGAUAAGGAUUUUGAACAGGUGACAUGUAUACAGGUUACAGAGGUGGACAAAAAGCCUUUAAAAAGAAGCUCCAGUGAGAUGAUUCUGCCAACUGUUACUGCAGAAGCUAUCAGAAAUGGACAUGAGGAGACCUGUAUCAGGAGGACUGAGGAUGUUAAGCAAAGGGGAAUUUCGCUUCUUAAUGAGGUUGACUCUCAAUACAGUGCUCUGAAGGUGAAAUACGAGGAACUUCUUCAGCGGUGCCAGCUGGAAGAGGACUCCUCAGGCCACAAAGCUUUCCAGACAUCAAAGCCAUCCAGAAGCCCGUCCAGUAUAGACCACUUGCCACCAGAUGUACUAGGUUCUGCAAAGUACAAUGCUAGUUCCCCUGUCUCUCAGCCAGAGUAUAAAGUUCUCUUUCAGGAAAUAUUUAGCUGCAUUAACAAAACCAAACAAGAGAUUAGUGAGCACAGAACAAAAUACAAAUCUGUUUCUAACCACCCGAGUAGCUAGAAGGACCAGCAUUCCUGAACUUUUUAUAUUUUUUCUAAUUAAAUGUACCCACUACUUAAAAAAAGGGAAAAAAAUGUGUAUGUUCAUAUGUUUAUUUUCACCUAAAUUAUUAUUAUUUUUUUAAUUCUUGCCCCCAAGACUACUUAUGACUUUCUCUUGGCUUCCUCACAAGCCAAUUAACACGUUCAACUGAGACGACCCAGACUGGUGAUGGAUUGCAUUAUGCUUAAUUCAUGUAUUUUUACUAUAAGUUAUUUGGUUUUCUCAGAUAUGCUUUAAUUAUAUCUGCUUAGGGACUUAUAAUAUGAGUAGUUAUCUACUUUGAUAAGACCUUCAACCAUGUUUGUUACUACUUGGGAAGAAGCCAUACAACAAGCACUGUUUCGGUGUGACAAAAUGUAUUUUCUAAAUUAAAGUACUUGCAGUCUUUUA